GCGCGCCGCUCGCGCUUUUGAGUCCGCGAGGAGCUGCCCACAGGGAGGGAGAAGACGGAGAGAAAAAGGGGAGUUUCGCGGAAGCUCCUAAUUUACAAAUUUCCUGAUUUACCGACUUCCACGUCCUGUCGGGUCCUUGUCGCGUUGGUUUCCAGCACCGAGCUCCUGAAACAGCCAUGUCGGGCACUUAUGAUGACUCCAUGAUUGAUGUCUCCAGUGACAGUUUCUGGGAGGUGGGGAACUAUAAGCGCACAGUGAAGCGUGUGGAUGAUGGGAACCGCCUGUGCAAUGACCUGAUGAACUGUAUCCAUGAACGUGCACGCAUUGAGAAGGCCUAUGCCCUGCAGCUCACCGAGUGGGCCAAGCGCUGGAGGCAGCUUGUAGAGAAAGGUCCACAGUAUGGGACUCUGGAGCGUGCCUGGACUGCCCUGAUGACAGAAGCAGAGAAAGUCAGUGACCUACACAUGGAAGUCAAGACAGUGCUGAUGAGUGAAGACUUUGAGAAGAUCAAGAACUGGCAGAAGGAGUUCUACCACAAGCAAAUGAUUGGGGGCUUCAAGGAAACAAAGGAGGCUGAGGAUAGUUUUCGCAAGGCCCAGAAACCCUGGGCAAAGAAACUCAAAGAGGUAGAGGUGAUGAAGAAGGCCUACCACUCAGCCUGUAAGGAGGAGAAGCUGGCCACAAGCAGGGAGAACAGCAACAAGCUGGAGAACAAUGCCAACCCAGAGGUACAGAAGAAGCUACAGGAAAAGGUAGAAAGGUGCCAACAGGAAAUGCAGAAGACAAAAGAGCGUUAUGAGAAGGCGCUGGAGGAGUUGGACAAGUGCACACCACAGUAUAUGGAAAACAUGGAGCAGGUGUUCGAACAGUGGCAGCAGUUUGAGGACAAAAGGAUCCGUUUCUUCAGAGAGGUGCUGCUGGAGGUGAAGAGUCACCUGGAUCUAUCCACCAGCCACAAGUUUCAGUCUGUAUACCACACAUUAGCAGACACGAUCGAAGCUGCGGAUGCCCAAGAGGACCUGAAGUGGUUCCGGUCUAACCAUGGCCCGGGGAUGCCUAUGAACUGGCCCCAGUUUGAGGAAUGGUCUAUAGAUUUGAACCGGACCCUCAGCAGAAGAGAAAAGAAGAAGCCAGGUGACGGAGUAACCCUGACCAGCAUCAGUCAGGCUAGUGAGCCAGUGGCCAAGAGCAGCAGCCUCACUGUAUCCAACAGUACAGAGCAGGUGGGCUCUAACCCUUUUGAGGAUGAUGAUGAUGAAGAAGAAGUACCUGCAAAGCAGCACAGCAGCAGCCCUGUCUCUGUCUCUAAAGAGGAGGUUAAAACUAAAACUAUUGAGAAGAAUGAGGACUGGUCAGAUGAUGAUUCGGGGAAUCCCUUCGCUGGCAACGAAAAUGGUAAUGGGAACCCAUUCGAAGAGGAGCCAUCAUCACCAGUAAUCUCGGUGCCAGUUCGUGCGCUGUACGACUAUGAAGGACAGGAGCAGGAUGAGCUCAGUUUCAAAGCAGGUGAUGAAUUUACCAAAAUUGGAGAGGAGGAUGAUCAGGGCUGGUGUAAGGGCCGGCUGAAGGAUGGGCAAGUUGGACUGUACCCGGCCAACUACGUAGAGGACAUACAGUAGUGUGGACAAAAGGGCAGUGAUGUCUGGCCAAGGUCCCUGCCCUUUGCCCCCUAGUGGACUGGGGCUGGACUGGGGUGUAGAGAAAAUUUCAAAGAAGACAUUAAAUCUGAGAAGGACUGAUUUACCCUUCAGUCCUUUGGAACAAGAACCCAGUCAGGACAUGGACAUACAAUGUUUUCCUUGAUGGAAAACAAACAGGACUUUUUUUUAAUAAAUGUAUAUAUUACAGCCUUUCAACUUCAUAGGUAAACCUUUUGUGUUAAUGUUGUGGUCUACUCAUUUCUCACAGCAGUGACUACAAAUCUGUAGAAAGGCAGCAGCUAGCAGAAUUAUGCCUAAACAGGAGACAUUUUUAAUUAAUUCUCACUUUUCUAAAUUGCUUAUUUGGGCAAGAACUUUCUAAUGCAUGUUCUGUGAGUGAGGUCAGCCAGGUGAUUCAAAUGCUAAAGGCUUACUGAAGGAAAAAAUUGGUACUUGUUUGUUCAUUUACUCAUUGUAAAGCCUGAAAAGGAGUGAGGGAUAGUUUGCAGUGAAGAUGAAGCAAUGGAUUAUUUGACCGGUUUGUGAGAUGUUAAUUGUAAUUUUGUGUAUGCUUUUCUUUUUGAGCUUCAGCUGUUUAAGUUAGUAAGACUUCAUCACUAAAUUGUAUUGCAGUUUUGCUCACAGUGGGUCACUGUACUUAAUGGUUGUGCCUGUUCAAUUGUCCCAGAGAAUGCUUUGAAAGAAAGUCUGACAUGAAGCUUUAGUAUCUGUUCAUGCACUGGAUGCUUCAGACCAGCCCUGGAAAGACCUCUACCCUUUCAUGAUGGAUGAUUAUGGAAGCAUCAAGCCUCAAUUGAAUGUUUUGAGUAUUUUGAAGAAUUAUAAACUCUGCUUUUGUGCAUGUAAAUACCAGUGAAGUUUUAAACAUUUAGCAACAAAUUCAAAUUUGAUUAAACUUUAAUUUAUAAUCCAUCUGGAGAAAUGCUGUGGUUUUAACUGCAUGUACAAUAAUCUUGUGAUUGUACCUUUUUUUUUUAAAAGAAAAAAAAGAGGCUUGUAUGAUUUAGGAAUGUUCCUUGUAAAUACAUGAUGUUCUGUAGUUUCUGAAAGUCACCACAAGAAUCUGCUGUGAAGUAAUUCUACCAGCCCACUUUUUGCCUUUUAAUUUUGAUGCUUUAGUUUUAUAUAUUGCGUCCAACAUUAACCCAAACGUGUGCUAAUACUCUUUAGCGUUGUGUUGGACACUUGAUUGUAUUUUCAGAGACUAUCAUGAUAAUUGUUUUUAUUUUUCCGCCGAUGUUCUGAUAUUCUCAAUGAAUGAGAUGAUCGCGAUUUUGCCAGCAGUGAUCCAGGUUUACGCUGCUGGGUAGAUGACUGUGAGAAUAUUGACGUCUGUAGCAUAUUCGCAAUUUACUCUUUGCACAGUUGAGUUUUUAAGUGCUGUUCGACACAAUGAAUAAAAUACUGUAUUUAAUGCA